UUCCUCUUUCCGACCUUUCGGCAUGCGGGCUUCAUGAGCUUGGCUUCGAAUGAUCGAUGGCUCCUUGCUUGGUUGACUGGUUACUUCAUCAGAAGAGCUGACGCAUGCGAUUCUAUAACUACGGUGCCGGAUCGUUGGCAGGAGACGUGGGUUCGAAUAAGUUUCUUACAUCUUGGCUCCAAGACUCCGCCUAGAACGGUGCCGCUGUGAUCUAUAGGAUGAACUCUGAGUGUAUCGAAUUGGAUUGGGGGUGAACCUCAUCGAAGAGGAGGGGAGACGAGUAUUAUAAAAAACGUUCAAAGUGAAUUGGAAAAAUAAUUAACAAAGGAAACACUUCAACAGAUACUGUAAGCUGAAAAAGCAAAGAAAUCGGAAAAAAGUUGAUUCUUCGAAAAAGCGUGAUCUGGAAGUUUACAUAUGUUCAUCAGUUCAUCAUCAUGUGCCUAUAUCGUUAGCUCAAACAUUUCAAGGAUUGGUUCAAGAUCGAUUUCAAAGUUGAUACAUAGACUCUGCAAGAAAAACGGAGAUCCUAAAUUUGAAGAACUUCAAGAAUAAUUUUUUGAUCGAUGAUGCAUAUGGAAAAUCUAGUGAAGGAAAUAU